GUUUGUAAGGUUUCCCGGUAAACUGGCGAGAGGGAAAGUAGGUCGUCUUCUACCACCGUUAGAUAACGAAAGAGGUGGACGCUAGGGCCUCGAAGACCACACAGGCCCGUUUUUUCCGCGCACUUUACUGACAGAGACACCCACAGUAGAGCCUUUCCCUCACGGUCAGUCCAUCCGCCAGCUCUGGUCAGGUGCCUCACGGACACCGUGCCGCUUGUUUUGGAGAGGUGCUGAAGCGAUUACAGCAGAAAGAUGGCGGACGACCCCAGCGCGGCGGACAGGAACGUGGAGAUAUGGAAAAUCAAGAAGCUGAUCAAAAGUUUGGAAGCUGCUCGUGGUAAUGGCACCAGUAUGAUCUCACUGAUCAUCCCCCCUAAGGACCAGAUAUCCAGAGUGGCCAAGAUGUUAGCUGACGAGUUUGGUACUGCCUCCAACAUUAAAAGCAGAGUCAACAGGCUUUCUGUGCUUGGGGCCAUCACCUCUGUACAGCAGAGGCUAAAACUCUACAACAAGGUGCCACCUAAUGGUCUGGUGGUGUACUGUGGCACAAUUGUGACAGAGGAAGGCAAAGAGAAGAAAGUGAACAUCGACUUUGAGCCUUUCAAGCCAAUCAACACCUCCCUGUACCUCUGUGACAACAAGUUCCACACUGAGGCGCUGACAGCCCUGCUAUCUGAUGACAGCAAGUUUGGUUUUAUUGUGAUUGACGGCAGCGGCGCGCUGUUUGGCACACUGCAGGGCAACACCAGGGAGGUGCUGCACAAAUUCACUGUGGAUCUGCCCAAGAAGCAUGGCAGAGGAGGUCAGUCUGCUCUGCGUUUUGCCCGCCUCAGGAUGGAGAAGAGACACAACUAUGUGAGGAAAGUGGCUGAGACGGCCGUCCAGCUCUUUGUAUCAAAUGACAAGGUCAAUGUAGCGGGAAUGGUUCUGGCUGGCUCUGCCGACUUCAAGACUGAGCUCAGUCAGUCAGAUAUGUUUGACCCGAGGUUACAGGCGAAGGUGUUAAAGCUGGUGGAUAUUUCCUACGGGGGAGAAAAUGGUUUUAACCAGGCUAUCGAGCUCUCAGCAGAAGUCCUCUCCAACGUCAAGUUCAUCCAAGAGAAGAAGCUCAUAGGGCGGUACUUUGAUGAGAUCAGCCAGGACACGGGGAAGUACUGUUUUGGGGUGGAGGACACACUUAAAGCCCUUGAGAUGGGAGCUGUGGAGAUCCUCAUAGUCUACGAGAACUUGGACACCAUGCGUUACAUUCUACGCGUGCAUGGGGCCGAGAGUAAUGGAGCCGAGAAUGAUGAGAAAACUUUAUAUUUAACGCCAGAGCAGGAGAAAGACAAGUCCCACUUCACAGACAAGGAGACGGGGCAGGAACAUGAACUGAUUGAGAGCAUGCCCCUGCUGGAGUGGUUUGCUAACAACUACAAGAAAUUUGGAGCCACGUUGGAGAUAGUCACAGACAAAAGCCAGGAGGGGUCCCAGUUCGUCAAGGGCUUUGGUGGUAUUGGGGGUAUCUUGCGGUACAGGGUGGAUUUCCAGGGCAUGGAGUACCAAGGAGAGGACGAUGAGUUCUUUGAUUUGGAUGACUACUAGGUAGUCGGGGACUGAUCUUGGGAGGAAAAAAAAAAAGCAAAGGAAUGAAUGAGGAAAUGAGGAAAUAAAAAUGCCACCUCUCUUUUGCAGCAAGUGAGAGGAGUCGUCGAAUUGACCAUAUAUAUGACAGAUACACUCUCCAAAUGUACCGGUUGCAUACACAAACAUGCACACACAUUUCAUACGCACACAAAACAAAAAAAAACUCAAAACAGGCCGAAGAGGAGUGUGAUUUUCUUUCAGUCCAGAGGAAGAAAGUCCUUCCUGAAUAAAUCCCUGCCUUAGAGUGCUGGUUCCUUCCCCUAGUUGGAUUGGACUUGACUCAUUUUUGUUCUUUUUCUCCCUUCCAUUUUGAAUGAACACAACAGCAAGUUCCCAGUGCCCUCGCUGACCUCCCAUAUUGGUCUGAAGAAGAACUUUGGACUUGAUCCUCACAUAUAGAAAAAAUAUUUCCCCUUGUCCCCUCCUCCUAUCUUGUCUACUCUCCCUUCUCCCCUCUAUGCUUUUUUUUUUUUUUUUUUUUGCAUUUCAUUUUUUUUACUGGUAACUGCUGCUGUUGUAUUUUAUGAGAGUUGAGGGAUUUUUUUUACCUGGGUUUCUGUAGAGAAAGGGGGAAAAAGUAUUAAAUUUGAACUGCUGAAAACCAUUGCUACCUCCUCAUCUGCUGUAGUCUCAAUCAUAUUAAGUUUUUCUUGUCUUUUUGGAGAGGCUUAACCCUUGACCAUUUCUCCAAGAAUCAAAUGAAUCUGACAUUCUUGUAAGCAGUAAUUGUGCAUAACUGCUUUUAGCAGUAUGUAAUUUGCCUCACUGAUAUACCAGGGUCCCUAAAAUCUCCCUAAAAUGUAAUAUUUCUCUUCAGUUUUGUAGAAAUUCCUUCUAAAUAGGUUGUCGUUGCUUCCUCAAUGUACAAAUCAAUGUGAAUUUAUCUGUAUAGGUUGACUUCAGUUGGUCUCUAAUGACCUGAAUCCUGAUGUCAAGAAGAGUGGUAUUCCACCAUGUGCUGUGGAGAGCCAUGUAUAUGCAGGUUUUCUUUCCAUCCCAGCACUACCCAAGCUGAUUUCACUAAUUAAAAUACCUUUAUCCAGACAAGGAUAGACUAAUUAGGAAAAUCAGUUGGUAUGGUGUUGGGUUGAUGUAUGACUCUGUGGCACAUGGUUUAAUACCACUGGUCAAGACUGUGCCUUUAAUGAAUUUGGUUGCUCAUUUGGCUGGGGCAUGAUUCUCAAAACAAGUGCCUGUCUCCAUUUGGCUCCCCAUAGCACAUGGUUGAACAUCACCACUCUAGAAGGAAUGUAAAUAUAUAGCAACUUAACACAAUGACAAACCCAUCCAAAAGGUCUCGGUUCAUCAUUAAGCCACCAGAGGUUUCUUUUAAUGCAUCAGGGGAAAGAGGCAGUCUAGUAAAUGGAAAUACACCAAAAGGUAAGAUUAAGGGUUUCUUUCUGUGAUGUGCAAAUAAACGGGGAGAGGACAGAAAGGCUCAGGAAGUACUUUAUAAUGGUCCUAUCAUGAAUAAUUAAAUUGAUACCUGCUACUCUAAGAUACAUUUAAAAAUUAAUAUAGCAUGAUUUGAGGGAAUAAAACUACAAG